CUGCGGGCGCGGGCAGGGAGCUGCAACCGGAGGCGGCGGGCGCGGCGGGGAGGCUGCGGCGGCGGAGGACGCGAGCCCAGAUCAAGGACUGAGCUCUCGGCACCAUGAACCCCGCCAUCGGCUUCGCUCUUUUGCUGACAGUCUUGCAGGUAGCCCGUGGACAAAAGGUGACCAGCCUGACAGCCUGCCUGGUGGACCAGAGCCUUCGUCUGGACUGCCGCCACGAGAAUGCUACCACCUUGCCCAUCCAGUAUGAGUUCAGCAUGACCCGGGAGAAAAAGCAGCACGUGAUCUAUGGCACUGUGGGGGUACCAGAGCACUCAUACCGCUCCCGAACCAAUUUCACCAGCAAGUACAACAUCAAGGUCCUCUACUUAUCCGGCUUCACCACCAAGGACGAGGGGACAUACACAUGUGAACUCCGGCUCUCUGGCCAGCCUCCCAUCACCUCCAGCAAGAACGUCACUGUGCUCAGAGACAAACUGGUCAAGUGUGAGGGCAUAAGCCUGCUGGCCCAGAACACCUCAUGGCUGCUGUUGCUCCUGCUCUCGCUGCCUCUCCUGCAGGCCAUGGACUUCAUCUCCCUGUGACUGGCUGGCCAGGAAGCCACAAGGCCCAGUCCAGGGACCCUACUUUCUCUGAGUUGGCUAACCCCCUCCCCCCAGUCCCUCACACGUCUGGAGGAGCAAUGGGGACCCCGCCCCUCCUAAGGAAUCCCAGUGCUGCAUGCGUCAUCUACCCACCCCUCUGCCCCACUGCCACCCCACACCCUCUCCGCACGCCACUGGCUGUCUUUUUUCUUUCGUACUCUUUGUCCCAGAGUCGCUUCUGUCUGGUUUCUCCUUCCUUUUCUUUGCGAGUUUGUGAAAAGGGAAGCCAGGAUUGGGGAUGUGAUGGAGCGUGAGGGCGUGUGAGGGGUAGAAGGGUAGAGGGGUACCAGGCCUGGGGGCGGCGGGCAGGGGCAGUCAUCCUUGCCCACCAGGACCAGAGGCCUGGGAGAGACCUGGAGGAGGAAGAGGAAGAGGUGGUGCAUCUGGGCCUAGCAUAUACAUUGGCAGGCAAGGAUGGUGCCUGAAGACCCCAGAUGUGAGGGUGCUGCAUCUGUGGCCCAUCCCAAGAGGACAGGAUUGAGCAUUUCCAGGAGCUUUCUCUGCCACAGCCAGAAGCUGUCCUUUUUUCACUGCAGAGGUCUUCUAGGGGCCAUGGGCCUGGCGUGGCCCCUUGAAAAAAGCAGGUUCUGCCCAAGAGCCAUGCUAAUGGAGGGUUGGAGAAGGAGUAGGAGAGAGGGCCCAUCAUCCCUCUCUACUGGAUGAGACUAAAACUAAAAGCCUACUGUCCCUCACUGCCUCAACCAGCAGCUGAGAGGGUAGCAGAGGACAAGCCUCCUCCUGGCCUCAUCCAAGUUCCGGAGCUUCCAGAAUGCUGGCCUGUAGGCAGGAAGCCAGGCCAGGUAGAGUCCCAGAGCAGAGAAGAAUAUGGCCCAAGCAUUUGGGAGGCUCUUACUUACCUCCCCCAUCAGUGCCAGUGCCUGGUGGCUGAGGCUUCAGACAGCCCUCUGCCCCACAGGUCUGGCCUCUGGGGGACCUGGGGGAGGAGUCAGAGGGGGUCUGAGGCAGCCCAUGGAGCGAGACCUAUAUGUGGGACAUGCCUCAACAGAUGGCUUUCCCCAACACCCAGCUCCCCGCCCCCACCCCGGCAGCUGUGCCCUGUCCUGUGACUGUGUAUAGUGCCACCACAGCUUAUGGUAUCUCACUGAGGAAAAAGAGAACUGCACAAUAAAACCAAGCCUCUGGAGAAUGCCUUCCUGCCUUUCUCUGCUUUGCUCGUCCGUCUGUCUCCAGGCCUGCCUCCCUUCCCUUAGCUGUGCAUCUAGGAGAUCAAAACUGCCACCUUGAACUCCCCCUCUCCUCUGCCUUUAUCAGCCCUUCCCUGCCCCUGCUGCCU